CCCAUUUCUCUGCUAUAUAAAGCUUUCAUAUAUACAUAUUCUCUUUUUCAGAGAGAGAGAGAGAGAGAGAGAGAUGGGGCAUCACUCAUGCUGCAACAAGCAGAAGGUGAAGAGAGGGCUCUGGUCUCCGGAGGAAGACGAGAAGCUCAUCAACUACAUCACCACUUACGGCCAUGGAUGCUGGAGCUCUGUUCCCAAACAUGCAGGUCUGCAAAGAUGUGGGAAGAGCUGCAGGCUUCGAUGGAUUAACUAUCUGAGACCUGAUCUCAAACGCGGAAGCUUCUCUCCUCAAGAAGCCGCCCUUAUAAUUGAACUCCAUAGCGUUCUUGGUAACAGAUGGGCUCAGAUAGCGAAGCACCUGCCAGGGAGAACAGACAAUGAAGUGAAGAAUUUUUGGAACUCGAGCAUAAAGAAGAAGCUCAUGUCUCAUGAUCAUCUCCAUCAUCAUCAUCAUCAUCAUAUCUCUACCAUGGCAAGCUUGAUCCCCAACUUUCAUCUUCCUCAUCGCCAUCAUCAUCACAAUGGAUUCGUGAACAAUGUCAAUCACCAAGGCGGCGGAGAUGAAGCUUCGGGAUUGUUCUCCCUCCUCACAAACACAAACCCUAGUUUCAUCACUCCCAACCAUAUUAACCAUCAUCUCUAUCUUCCUCCUCCCGCCAUUUCUCCAAUCAUGUUCCAAAGCUUUGGUCAUGGAGAUUUCAAGCUUAACCACACAAACCAAGCUCCAAACCCGUACGAUCUUGAUAAUCUGGUCAUCACUUCCACAAAUCACCAACCUUUACUUCCGUCUGAUCCUAAUAUAAUCCUUCCCCGUUAUUCAGAUUCGUCUUCAGAAUUCGAUCAUCAGCCCCGAUGGCAAUUACCAGAUUUUCCAGCCUCAAUUUCUACCACUUUCCAAGAAACCCGAGUUCUCGAAACAUUUCAAGAUUAUGUCGGCCACAAUGACAAGAUCUUCAUUGAUCCAAUCGUCUCUCUAACACCGUACCACGAUGAUAAUGAGGUCCAUGUUGCUGUUCAUCAUCCAUCGGUCACUACAGGAGUGAUCCCAAGCGCAAUGUCAAAGUUAUCAGACGAGGUUCUUGAAGGGAAAGUGCCGUCCUACCCACAUGACUUGCACGUGCCUGUUGUGGAUCAUGAUCAUGAUCACCAAGUAGAGUCAUACAUCAAUUCCAUGAUCAUGCCAUCAUUGCCAUCAUCAUCAUCAUCUCCGUCAUCAUCGCCCAUCUCCAGUGGACGGUACGUGGCUACUGUUCCAAACCCUGCAGCUACUGCCAUUACUAGUGUGUCUACAUGGGAUCCCUAGACAUAUGGAUAAUAAAAAAAUAGAAUUAUAUUAUGCAUAUAUAUAUAUAUAUAUAUAUAAGAGGGAGGGAGAGACAUAAAUAAUCAUCCAUAUGUGUUGAUAAAUCUUUUACAAUGCAUAAAGCGUAUAGUAUAAGGAUAUGCUAUUUGUUCAUUAAAUAUUUCCAAAGAUUUGCAUUUAUUGUUAGUGAAGGAAAACCUAAAUGUUACUGAUUCAGGUUCUUCGUGUGAGUAAUGAAGGACUAUAUAUUGCAGUGUUCGUCAAUAAUCACAUAAUCUUUAGUCCUUUUUAAUUAUACAUCAUGACUACAUACAUAC